CUGUCCAUUUCCCAAACAUGGCUAAUACGUAACACCUGACCUAAUAACAGCCUCAUAUUUUUUAGGACUUAUUCGACAUAGGAAAGGCUCAGGAUGAGGAUUCGAAAGCACGAGAGGAAAAGGGUAGAGGAGGGUCAUCGAACUUCCAAUUUUCUGGUUUCGAAAAGCCCGGUGGUGACAUGAAUCUCACGGUCCGCGCGUCAGUGCGGGGGCCAGUCGUGGUCACAGAGGGACUCUACACCGUCCCACAAGGCCUCAUCCAACCUGCCGCAAAAAGGCGACGCCUCCCCCAAAAGACUAUGAAAAACCUUCCGACGACAAGGGCGAAGGAAUGGGCAGAAUCGGCUAAAAAAAGAGAAGAGUUUCGAGGAGCAUUAGUCAAAUUGAUUCAUCGCAUGAAUCCACCAAAGAACAAGGAAAUGGACAGACUGGCGACACAAAUCUUUCAUGAGAUGGGUGACACAUUUGAAACGGAUAAUGGCAAGCCUCCAAAGUUGGACCUGAAUUUUGAACCAUCGAACGAGGACCUGGGGGAACUGCUUUACAGAUUUUAUAUCCAUCGUGGGUUGGACGCCAUAAAUAUUGGACCCAUCGGUGAAUCGUGGCUACAAAAUAUUUGGAGUCACAUUCCAGAACGGUUGCGGUUGGCCUAUGAGGACUUAUCGAAUGAUCUCCUGUACGAAGUGACUAGUGCCUAUAGGUUUACGGUAAAACGUGCAAUGGUCGAUUUUGUGCUGCAUGAACCGGACAGACACACUGUGGCCGACUUCGAAUCAGGGGCUAAAAGUGACGACAUGUUGAAAAGAGUACCAAAACCGUGGAGGGCGUCAGUUCUUUCAGCCAAGAGGAAAUUACUCCGCAAUCUCCAUUCGUACAAUCCCGUUCUCGCGUAUAUCAACUUUGUUUGGAAAGCAAUAUUUCGUAAGAUCCGAUUCGUGGAUUGUCUAAUCCUGGGAGAACAGAAAGAAGCAGUUACUCUUCGUUAUUACAAGGACAUAACUCGCAGAAUGGUUGAUGAUGUUAAAAAUUUACUAAUGAAGAAAUGGAUACGAGGAAUCCAGAAUUCAUUGAUUGGGGUAGCUAUAUACAUACAUUCAUAUGUACAUGUGCAACUAUAAUUAAAACAGCGUAUUUCAGGCUGCAAAACGG